GUCUACGGAGCUUGGCGGCGUUACACACCCAGCAGCUGCUGUGGAAACAGCCUACUUGCGAUGUCUGGGCGUGAGAUAAAGAAGGCUUCCAGUGGGAAAAUACCCGGCGCGGUACCCCGCAGGCCGUUCCAUAGGGUCGUCGAUGGCGUACCACGCUGCGCCUGGUUGGAUGCUGACAUUUACCGCGAGAGCUUGAAGUUUCAACCUGCAAAAGGCGAUUUAAUUCAAUGCACGUACCCUAAGAGCGGAACAUACUGGGUGCAGUACAUAAUGCAACUCAUCCUAAAGAAUGGCGAGCCUGUGAAGACGUACAAUGAGUUCACAAGCCACACUCACGCCCUAGAGUACAUGAGACACGAUGACUGGAAGUCCGCACUGCCUAUAAGAUUGUUCUUCACUCACUUGCCGGUUCGUGAAGACAAAAUGAACAAACAUGUCAAGUACAUCUACUUGGCCCGAAACCCUUGGGACGUAUGCGUUUCGUUCUACAACAUGGUGACAGAUGUAAGCAUCUGGAACUUCCAAGAUGGCACUUUUGAGGAGUUUGUAGACGCAUUUCUGGAGACUGAUCUAGGUUACGGUACCUACUUUGACCACGUCGCCACUGGCUACGCCUUGAAGGACGAGCCGAAUGUUCUGUUUAUAACCUACGAAAGUAUUAAACGAGACACCCGCGGUGCUGUUCUGCGAUUGUCACAGUUCUUGGGGGAGCAGUACUUUAACGUUCUGCAACAAAACGAGGAACUCCUCGAGAAGAUUGUAGAGUUGAGUAAACCGGAGUACUCCCGCGAUGUAUUGGUUAUAGACUUUCAGAACAACAAUUCAGAUGAAUGGAAAAAUAUAUUUCUUAGGAACAAGCUGUCCUGUCAGCGAGGACACCGAGGCGACAAAACCAAGUUUCCCAUGGUGAGGACAGCCAUAAUUGGUGGCUGGAAAGAGUACUUUACACCGGAGCUUCUCACUCAUAUGGAGAAGAAGAUUCGAGAACAAGGAGACAAUGCUGCUUUUAUGGAGCUGUGGAAAGACAUCCGAGAAGAGGCACUGGCGAUGUCUGAUAUCUCUCAGUGAUAUCAACAAAGUGGAUGUAAGAGCGAUGCAUGUUCAUUAUAUAGAAGCAGAGCCGGAUUCUUCGGGUGCAAAUGACGGGCGACUGGCAGCCUUUCGUAAGCUUGUAUAACAGUGUGUCUCAGCAUUUAUGAAAAAGUAAGAUAGGUA